AUGGCUAAGGACAAGAAGGAAGACGCCACGGGCGAAGACAACUACGACAAGAGAAUGGAGGCGGUGUUGCCGUUUGCCCAGCCCAUGGCCCCCAAAAAGUUGAACAAAAAAGUGCUUAAAGUGGUCAAGAAGGCGCUGAAAGCCAAGCACGUCAAGCGCGGGGUUAAGGAAGUGGUCAAGGGCCUCAGAAAGGGGGAAAAGGGUUUGGUGGUGAUUGCCGGCGACAUCUCACCCAUGGAUGUCAUUCUGCACAUUCCCGUGUUGUGUGAAGACCUGGCGGUGCCCUACUUGUUUAUUCCCUCUAAGGAAGACUUGGGGUCGGCUGGCGCCACCAAGAGACCCACCCUGUGUGUGAUGAUCGUCCCCGGGGGUGGCAAGCUGAAGAAGAACGCCGACAAGGCCGAAGAGUACAAGGACGGCUACGAUGAAGUGGUGAAGGAGGUGAAAGUGCUCGCCGCCUAA